CUCUACUGUUAAUAUCUCAAAUCGCAUUGACAGUCGUGAUGGGCUUCUGGAUAUUCGACUUUCCUAUGAACGGCUCCUACCUGUUGGCGGUACUCAUGAUGUUCCUGCAGGGCAUCUGCGGUAUGUGCUAUGGGCUCAUGUUGUCAGCGAUCUGUACGCACGAGAUAAUAGCGCUGUUAUUAGGAGCCGGGUCUCAGUUGAUGUUUUGCUUCAUAACGGGCAUCUUCUGGCCGGUCGACACAAUGAUACCACUGCUCCGGUACUUCAGUUAUCUGAUGCCGCAAACCAUACCGAUGGAGGCCUACCGACACAUACUUAUCCGGGGCUUUGAUUUGACAAAACAGUCGGUUGUCAACGGAUUCUUAAUAACUGGUGUUUGGAUUGCAUUCUUCCUGAUCGCCGCUAUUGUGAUAUUUAAACUCAAAUAACGAUAAUUAUUAUUAAUUAAUAUCUCCAAUCAUAGUAUACCCAAAACGACAACACAUUUUUAUAUAUACUUUUUGGUUAUAUUUAUAUUUUUUAAUUCAAUCCAAAUAUGAAAAUUAUAAUUCUCUUUAAAUGAAUGACAAGUUUUUCUAAUUACAAGUUAUGAACUGAUAUUUAGAUAACAAUUAUAAAUCACUUAUAAUUGAACGCAAACUCAAUGUCUGAAAGAUUUUUUUUAGUGAAA